AUGACUGAUUGCGAAAUCAUAGAUGAUGAAGUUAUGAGAAAAAUGUUGUUGGAAGAAUUCAGUGAUAUUAAUGUAGAUACUUGUGAUGGUGGUACUAUUUCUUCUGAACUUAUCAAUCAUUUUCAAGACUUAUUCAAUAAAACUAUUCCUUAUGACCAAAUAACCAAGGAUAGUCCCCUUUACUCUAUUUAUGCCGCAAAUGCAUGUUACUGUUUCGGUACAGCUAAUUCGUAUCAUAUUAAAAAAUUUGCAAAUUUAGGAAACCCUAUUGCUCAAUAUUACUAUGCUGAACACCUUCAAUCUAAAUUAAGUUAUUAUGAUACUUUAAAAGAACGCCAAAUUGCCAGGUUUAAGACUUUUAUGUACAUUUUAAUUUCUGCAUACAAAGGGAAACUUCCAGAAACAAUCAGAACUGUUAACAGUCACGUAUGGUUUGAUCUUGAAGGUUUAGAUAUAAAUGAUGAAAAUUUCUUCAAAUCUAUGGUUAGAGAUGUUAAAAGAAAGGUUUUCUAA